UUAAGGAAACGAAAAAUGCUGUGUCUAGUUUUUUAAAAAUGUGCAAAAAGUGUUUUUAUUUAGAUUGGAAAUAAGCAGAAUUACCCUUAGAAAUAUUAAUAAUUUUUCUCUGAACUCUAGUCAAUACGAGUUUCCUUUAUUUCUAGUAUUAUUGAAUAUGGGGUUAUUUUGAAUAACAAGUGAAGGAAUCAUUAACAAUUUACUCAGUUUUGAAUCUUUGUUUAUAGGCAGUAAAAUAUGAGUUCGUCACAAAAUACUUCGCACGACAACGAGGAACAUAACAGUCCAGACCAAGUAAGUUUGAAAGAAAAAGAAAAUGUUACAAAUUUACCGGAAAAAGACACUCAAAUAUCGAUAGCAUCUUAUGAAUUGAUCACAAGUUCAGAUGCUCAUGAAAAUCCAUUAAAAUCGGAUGGGAAGGUGAAAAAUAUAAACAAUUCACCAUUAAACGAAGGAAGUGUCAAAAUUGAUGAAACUUUUUUGAGUAACAUAGAGGAGUCAUUAGGUGGCACAGAAGAUAUCAUGUCUACAGAGCCUAACGAUGACGAUGAUGAUGAUUUAGAGUUGAGAUAUGAUGACGAUCCCGAUAAUAGUGAUGAGAUAAUAAAUGAGGAUGCCCUACUGGAAGAAAGUGUAGAACCACAAGAUGAUUUUAACAAAGUACAAGAUGAAAAAAAUGACAUGGAUAUUCAAAAUCAAGACAUCCCUCUCGAAGAAGAUAUAAUAGGCAAAAUAGUUGUACUUAAAGACAUCAAAGACUCACAAGUCGAUCAAAGUAACAUCCUAGGAGAAGCUCAAAAAAUUGAAAAAGAAUGCGAUAAAAUUGAUGAUCCAAAAGACAAUCUUUUGAAAGUUGAAAAAGGGCCAGAAAAUCAAAAGCGUGAAACUUUAGUAGAAGAAAAAAACUUUUGUAAUCAAAAACCAAUUUAUGCAGAUAUCAUUGCAAAAGAUGAAAAUAAAGAAACUGAUACAAAUAUCACAGAUAAUGAUAAUACAUCUAUGAUAUCUCAGAAUUCAUCAUUUGAAAAAAUAACAGAACAUGGUUUGAACAAACCAAACAUGAUGUUAGAAAUUCCCACUCAAGAAUUUAUUGAGUUUAGUGAUGAAACUGAUGAAGAAUUAGAAGAAACCAGGCUUAAUAUGUCUACUGACAUAGACGAAGUUAUUGAUUUAGAUGAUAAUUUGGUCAAUAUGGAUGAAGAAAAUAUUGAACAUGUAGAAGACAAUGUAAAAAGCUCAGUAGAUGUUGAUAUGACUAUUAUAGCAGACUCCAGAGCUAAUACUGAUACCUCACAACUGAUUUUUCAAGGUCACGAAACUUGUGAAGAUGUAAAUAUGGAUAUAGUAGAUAGUGCACAGAAUGAUAUCACAACAAAUGCAUUAAGUCAUGAAGCGGAAAUAGCAGCUGAUAUUAUAACAAAAGAAAUGAAUAAUGUGGAUGUUGAAACUUUUAUUAAAGAAAAUGACGUAAUUCAAGAGGAAAAUGAAAAUUCAAUAGAAGAAUUGAUUAGUUCAUUUGAUAGUGAACCUGAUAAAGAGAUAACCAAUCAAUUAAAAGAAACUGACGAUGUUAUUGAAUUAUCUGAUGAUAACAUAGCAAUUGAAGUAGAAGAUUCAGAAAGUUCAUCAGCAGAAUCAUUACCUGAUGUGAAUGUAAAAAUUGAAAAUUCAAUUAGGUCAGCAGAAUUAGAAGAAGAUAUAUUAAAUGAAACCGAAGAGAUUGAUAAUCUUAUUUUAACAAGUAAAAAGUCUAAAACAAAACUCACAGAAGCUGACCCAAAAAUAACUAACAUAAGUUCUACAAAAACAUGUGAAAAAAGUAUAUCAGAUCAAAAUACGAAUAUAAAUGGCUCUAAACCUACAAAUAGGAUAGAAAUUUCCAGCCAAAAGUUUAACAAAGUCAAUACUGAAACAGACAAAAUAGUUGCUAUGGAAACAUCACACAAAAUGCCAAUAAACACUGCAACAGAAAUAUUGCAUUAUGUUACACCUAAUGAAUUGGCAAAAGAAGAAGGAAUUGCACAAGAUAUUUCUUUUCAAAGUGUGGUGUCAUCAAAUAAGAUACAAAUAACAGAAGCUGAAAUAAAAGCUUCUGAAGAAUGUACACCAGAAAAAAUUACAACACUUAAUACAAGUGCUUCUUCUCAAUCUGACGGUCCAUCAGUAUCGAAAAUUGAGUCAAAACUGCCUCAAGAAAGUUCAUCAAAACUAAAUAUGGCUGUUUUAACAUUGGUGGCACAUCCAGAAAAUAUUGAUAAACAAAACUCUAAUUCAGAAGAGGAAUUACAAGUAUCAAAAACACCAAAAUUUACAGCUGAGCCUGUUGUCUCAAUGGAUGAUCCAAUGUCAUCUAUAAGUAAUAUAGAUAUGACAGUAAUAAAUGAAUGUAAACAUGAAACUGAGCUUAGCUCAUAUGCUUUAAAAUCGUUUUCACCUAAACUUGAAGUAUUGAUUGAAAAGCCUUCUUCAUCUGUUGAUAAUAAAGAACCUGUAUCUAAUUUAGAAGAAUCAAUGGAUGUUGAUGGUGCAGAGCAAUUGGAGCCUUUAAUCAAAGUAGAUGGUGUAGAGCAAUUUAAGCCUAAAAUAGAAACAGAAAAAUCAGAAAUUAUUGAAGAACCAUCUAUGUCGAAGAUUGAACCAAAAACAAAAACAUGUGGACAAAUAACAACAGAAAAAUGUGAACUAAUACCAACUGAGCCGUCAGAUAAACUGCCACCAUCUACAUUAAAUCUGGAGCAAAUAACAUCAGGAACAGUUGAACCAACAUUAUCCACACCAAAUAUUGAACUAAUUACAUUAAAGGCAGUUGAACCACAAGAAUCUUCAUUGAAUAUUAACCCAAAAACAUCAGAAACAAGGGAACAAACAAUUUCAGAAAUGGUUGAUCCAAAGCCAUCAAUAUCGAAGAUUAAGUCAAAAACAAUAGAAACAUGUGAAUCAUCACCAUCUACUUCAAAGAUUGAACCUAUGAUAGCAAAAACUAUUGAUCCAAACCCAUUUACAUCAAAGAUUCACCUACUAAUACCAGAACCAGUUAAACCACAAGCAUAUUCAUCUAAUAUUGGAUAUAAAACGUCAGAAACAGUUGAACCAGAACCAACAACAUCAAAGAUUGAACUGCCCCCAUUGGAAAGUAAAGAACCACAACUCUCAACAUCAGAAACAGUUGAAUUACAACCAAUUACAUCAAAGAUUGAACAGCCAACAUCAGAAAAUAUUGAACUAUCACCAUCUAAUUUAGAAACAGUUAUACCACAACCAACAACAUCAAAGGUUGAACCACUAACAUCAGAAAUUAUUGAACCACAACCAUCAACAUCAGAAAAAAUUGAACCACAACAAACAACAUCAAAGGUUGAACCACUAAAAUCAGAAAUGAUUGAACCACAACCAACAACAACUAUUGAACCACCAAAAUCAGAACAUACUGGUAUACAACCAUCAACAUCAGAAACAGUUGAGCCACAACCACCAACAUCAAAUAUUGAACCACCAACAUCAGAAAGUAUUGAACUACAACUAUCAACAUCAGAAACAGUUGAACCACAACCAACAACAUCAAAGUUUGAACCACCAACACCGGAAAGUAUUGAACUACAACCAUCAACAUCAGAAACAGUUGAACCACAACCAACAACAUCAAAGGUUGAACCACUAAAAUCAGAAAUUAUUGAACCACAACUAACAACAUCAACUAUUGAACCACCAAAAUCAGAACACACUGGUAUACAACCAUCAACAUCAGAAACAGUUGAACCACAACCACCAACAUUAGAAAGUAUUGAACUACAGCCGUCAACAUCAGAAACAGUUGAACCACAACCGAAAUCAACUAUUGAACCACCAACAUUAGAAAGUAUUGAACUACAACCAUCAACAUCAGAAACAAUUGAUCUGCAACCAUCAACAUCAGUAACAAUUGCACCACAACCAACAACGUCAAAGCUAGAACAACCAACAUCAGAAAGUAUUGAACCGCAACCAUCAACUUCUAAAUGUAACACAGAAGCAUUACAUUCCAAACCAAACAGUCCAAAAAAUCAAUCGGACUUUGACUCUUUAAUUCAAGAUUCAUCAAAUGAGGUUCCAGAAAUGACCGAUAGUCUUGGACUCUUAGCUGAAUCAUCGAGGCCAGUGAUGGAGGAUGAUGAAGAGCACGAGGAUGAUGAUGACGAUGAUGGCGAGGAUGAAGAUGAUUUUGAACCAGAUGAUGAAAGCAGCAAUCAAAUGACAGCAGAGCAUUCUGAGGACUCCAACGCUCACCAUUCAGAGACGGAUCCAAAGGACCCAGAGACACUGAACGAUGAAAAACAAGAGUUUCAAUUCAAAAUAUCUGAAAGUAUUAGUGUCAAAGAAAAGGGACCUGAGAAAAUGGUGUGUGAUGAGGUAAAAAUAAAAGAAAUCCCUGAAAGUACAGAAAAAUCUGUAAAUGAUGGAGCAGUUGAUGAAAACAGACCUUCGAAUGAAAUCAAAACAAAACAAAUGGAAGUUGAAACAGUGAAACUAUCUGACACUGAAGACACUGAAGACGCUGAGAAGAAGGAAGCGAGUGGUGUUUUAAAGGCUUUGCUGUUGAAUAAGACACCAAGAACAUCAACCGACUCUGAUUACACAGCGUGGACAAAGAAAAAAAAAUUAUCUAUAUCCAAGCAAGAAAGUGUUGUGAGCUAUGUUGAUUUAGAAGAAAGCUCUUCAGACGAAGAUAAAAAUCAACCGCGAACUAAGGCAAGUACCGUCGAAACUGAAGAGCCACAAGACAUCGCUACAGAGGACAUAUCGAGUGAUCUUCCACAAAAUGAACCAACAGAAGUUGUGAAGGAACCCGAAAAAAGUAGCGCCAGUUCACCGAAACCAGUGCUUGAGGAAGGCGUGGUAAAACUUAAAGAACCGCAAGUUGCCGCAAAAUCGAAAUCGCCGAGCCAAACAGACAUCCCUAAGUCACAGUCUCCGGAAACUAAGGCACAAUCGCCUAUAGGGCUAGAAGUUUUCAAUCUUGAUUCCGAUGAGGAAGAUUCGUCUAUAAAACAAGACAUUGACAGUGCAGCAGCAGCCGAAAAACCGCCGACCCAGCAGGCGAAGACACGUAGAUUGAUGAAGUGCAUCAACAGAUUCUGUGACAACACCGACCCCAGUGCAGGGUACUAUGUAGCGGACACUAGUACUGCGAUGUACUUCGAAGCGGACAAGACGAAGCGCGCAUACGUGUGCGAGAAGUGCGCUAAUGUUGUGGAGAAACGGAAUCAGGAACUCAUAGAAGGGAUGAAGAACUUCAGACCUCUAUUCCAACUGCACACCGCUAGGAACUCUGAGGAGCUGGUGGAGAUAUCUGACUCCGACUCGGACGAGGAACCGCAGCCUACCUUGGACCAGUUGCAGAUCGUGGGCAAAAAUGGAGCCAAAAUGCUAGAAGAGCACUUGGCAAAUAUGCUUAACGAGACAUGGGCAAAGUACAAGAUGGACGAUCGUCUCGAGGAAACUAAAAAAGAUCUUCAAAAAGAAAUGGAAAACUUAGAAAAGGAGUGUCAGGAAAUCCACGCAAUGUUCGACGAGUGCCAGGUGGCGACGGACAAACUACGCAACUCGCUGUACGCCACCUUCGACCCAGACAUACAGGAGCUGCCGUCCAUCGUCAUCUUUGAUAAGCCUAAUUGCUCCUACACUUGCUUGGAGCCGCCUUCGAACGAGCGUCGACAAAACAAGCGUUCCCUAUCGCCGGCCGAAAGGACGCCAGAGGCUCCCCCGGCGAAGAAGCCCACAACGCCGACCCCUGCCCCCGCCCCCGCGCCUCCCGCGCUACCCGCGCAGAGCAUGCCAGAGGUUGUCGUCGAAACUGCUCCACAAGACACUGAGCCAAAAGUUGAACAAAUGAACAUGGACAUAUCGGUAGUGAACUUAGCGGUGGAGGCCGCGCCGGACGACUUGCCCCCGCCCGGGGACCUGUCCCAUCCACCCAUCAAGUUGGGGAUGACUGUGUAUGCCAUGAAAAACGCGUUCGGCACCUGGCUAAGAGCUAAGGUUGUGGAGAUACAGCCGAAGACACAUAACAUGGCUUUCACGAUGGUUCGCGUAAGGUUCGAGCAUAAGGUGACGAAAAACCCCUUCAAAACAUUGCCGGCCAGAUGUCUGGCGUACUUCGAACCGUCUGAAGUCAGGAUGACUAUCGGUACCCGUGUGAUCGCAUUGUUCAAAGACAUCAGUGCCCGACAGGCGUACUAUUCUGGGAUCGUUGCUGAAAUACCAAAUCCUGUCAAUAAGUAUCGGUACCUAAUAUUCUUCGACGACGGGUACGCGCAAUACGCGCCGCAUUCCCAAACGCGCCUAGUAUGCGAGUUCUCGUCGCUAGUGUGGGAGGAAGUGCACCCGUACUCGCGCGAAUUUGUGCGCGGCUACUUGCUCGCUUACCCCGAGCGGCCCAUGGUGAGGCUGCAUGCGGGACAGAACUUGAAGACUGAGUGGAGAGGCAAGUGGUGGUCGUCCCGCGUGGUGAGCGUGGACUCGUCGCUGGUGGAGGUGCAGUUCCUCCGCUGCGACAGGAGAGAGUGGAUCUACCGCGGCUCCACGCGUCUCGCGCCGCUCUACUUAGAGCUUCAGGCGGCGGAGAGGCACCGCCCCAGGGCGUUACCCCGCACGCAGCCGCAAGCGAGGACAAACAUGCCGUACGUGGAGUAUACGCGAUCUGACGAGCAAGCCAACAAGCAGCCGCAGACUCCACUGCAGCGUCAACAACAAUUGCACCAACAGAACGAGGAAAUACGUCGGCAGCGCGCCGUGGCCAAGAAAUCGACGGCGCUACCACAACCGCCGCCGCCACAGCCGAACAACGCUAACCUGGACGGUGUCAAUAGCAGAGUUGUGUACUACACGCCGAAGAACGCUGUGAAACCGCACAAGAUGACGCCGCAUACCUGCUCGCCCAAGUGCAAGCGGACGGACGUGCUCGCGCUCAAAGACCUGCGCACCUACAACCCGCUUGCUAAACCGCUGCUCAGUGGCUGGGAAAGGCAAAUCGUGCGCUUCAAGGGGAACAAGGUGGUGAUGUACGUGGCGCCGUGCGGGCGGCGCCUGCGCAGCGUGCGCGAGCUGCACCGCUACCUGCGCGCCACGGACGCGGACAUGCCGGUGGACCUGUUCGACUUCUCGCCCACCACGCACUGCCUGGCCGAGUUCGUGCUCAACAAGUGCUUCGUGGGGAAGAAGGAUCUAUCCCACGGGAAAGAGAUCGUGCCGGUGCCGUGUGUAAACUACUACGACGACUCGCUGCCGGAGUUCUGUUCCUACAACACCGAGAGAACUCCGACCGCGGGAGUUCCGCUCAACCUCGACCCGGAGUUCUUGUGCGGCUGCGACUGUGAGGACGAUUGUGAGGACAAAACGAAGUGUGCCUGCUGGCAGAUGACACUAGAGGGCGCCCGAACCAUUGGAUAUGAAGGUGACGUCGGCUACGUGUACAGGAGACUGCCCGAGCCUCUGCCUUCCGGGAUCUACGAGUGUAACUCCAGGUGUAAAUGCAAAAACACAUGUUUAAACCGCGUCGCACAGCAUCCGUUGCAGCUCAAGUUACAAGUAUUCAAGACGUUGAACCGUGGCUGGGGCAUUCGCGCACUUAACGACGUGCCCAAGGGAGCCUUCCUGUGUAUCUACGCAGGCAACUUACUGACUGAUGCCACAGCUAAUUUGGACGGUCUGAACGAAGGAGACGAGUACCUGGCUGAGCUGGACUACAUCGAGGUAGUGGAGCAGAUGAAGGAGGGCUUCGAGGAGGACAUCCCAGAGAAGAUCAAAGCCAAGGACAAGAAAGAGUUAGCAAAGAAACCGACAGAAGAGGACGAUUCCUCGUCGUCGUCAUCGUCGUCGGAAGAAGAGACCGGCAUCAAUAAGAACGAGAGGGAAGAUGGCGACUUUGAGCCUGGCUUCAUCGGGGUUGGCGUUGCGGAGUUCAACAAACGUCUAAGAAGAAGAGACUCGAAGAAGGAAGCAGAGGAAGCCAAGCAGCAAGUGGCAAAAGAAGCCAACGCAGACGAUGAGUGUAUCACCAUCAGCGACGACGAAGAAGUGCGCGAGCCGUCGUGUUUCACAGCCGCGGCCGGCAUGGGCAAGAAUCAAUUCAUCUCCAAAUAUAGAUCAGUCCGCACACUGUUCGGCGAGGACGAGGCGUGCUAUAUCAUGGACGCUAAGGUUCAAGGCAACAUCGGACGAUACCUCAAUCACUCGUGCACACCGAACGUGUUCGUCCAGAACGUGUUCGUGGACACGCACGACCCGCGCUUCCCGUGGGUGGCGUUCUUCGCGCUGCACCACAUCCGAGCAGGCACUGAGCUCACUUGGAACUACAACUACGACGUGGGCUCGGUGCCCGGGAAGGUGCUCUACUGCUUCUGCGGCGCGCCUAACUGUAGGGGGAGACUGCUUUAAUGUGCUCACUAGUUUUCAUCAUUAGGUGCUUCCACCUCGGACAAAGGAUCAAGGUGGACUCGACAUCUAAUAACAAAAUAAUGAUACCUUGUUAGACCAAGCUAAUGGACUUGUAAUAACAAUAUAAUAUUACCUUGUUAGCAAGCUAAAUGUAUGGAAAAGCUCUAGAGUGAUAGACAAAAACACAUUUUUUUUGUCUUUGUCAUAGUUUAACUUUUUUGUUAGGCACAGUUGUCAUCUGUGCCCAACAAGCCUCUGUGAUAGUAAUUCUGCUAGUUUUCUGUUUUAAAUUUAGUGUUGAAGUUGUGUAGGAAGCCAUUUAUCGUGCAUCGCAGUGUGAUUGGCCGUAACAGUUGUAGCAAGCGCAAAUUAAGAAACAUAAACUUUAAUUCGUAUGUAUGUUUCGUUGUUUUGUCCGUUUCGGGUAUACGAGUCUGGCAAAUCCACCUUGAUCUGAUUGUAUCUGAGGCUUUC